CACAGUUCAUCUGCCAACGCAGCACACAACAAAUCCUUCGUCUUUCGAGUCCUUACAAGAAUCCUUAAAACAACAAUCAUGAAGUGCAUCGCAGCUGUAGUCAUGGUCGUCCUUGCCGUUGCUGAAGGAUCCCUGUACGCCAACUGGGCUUCUCCGUUGGCCUACACCCUGCCACAUACCACCGUGGUCCAGGACAACUCGUACGCCCGGUACGUUGCCGCUGCCCCGUGGGGAUACGCUGCGGCCCCCGUGGCUUAUUCGGGCUAUUCGGCUUAUCCGUACGCUGCCAGCUACCCAGCCGCUGCUGCCUAUGUCCACCAGCCAGCUGUGGCCGUCGUUGCCCAGAAGGAGGCUCGCUAUCUGGCCGCCAACCGUGGAGCCGUCCAUGAUGCGCCCCUGGCCGGACAUGCCGUGUCCCAGCAGUCGCUGAAUCUGGCUCCGGCUCCGGGAACGCUGUAAAAGGGAUUGUUUGAUUGCCUGACUGUUGAAUGAAUGUAAAUAAAUUAUAAUGAAGAA